AUGAGUGACCAGCAGGAUGCAGAGGAGCUGCAUCUGCGCGACAAUGAACCCAAGAAAGCGAAACAGGGAUCAGGUAAACGUUUGAAUGAUCGACAGCGUGUGGAUAUUAUUCAAAUGGCUGAAAAUAGCAAGAUUUCUAAGCGUCAAUUAGCCGAUAAGUUCGGUGUGAGUGAGGCAGCCAUCCGCAAGUUGCUACUAAAGAAGGACGAAUUUCUACGACGUUAUUACGAAACACCCGAAGAUAUUCGUGAUCAAAGACUUCGUGGAAAGAGUACACGUAUCUCUUUGCAAGAACCAGACAGCUGUGGAGUCGGUGGUGGGUCAAUACCGCACUUAGCCGCUCCAACGACAACAAGUCGGUCACCUACUGUACAGUCGUACAGUACAAGUAUGUACCCAUCUGAUGAUCCAUGGAAACAGGGACUUGAUGCUAUGUUGGCCAAGGUCAUACCGUUUCUUACGAAUUUUAUACAGAACAAAGGACAGUUACAAAUGUCGUCCAACAUACUCGAUGUGACGAUAUCUGCGUCAGUUGCUACUGCUGAGCAAACGCAGGUAGAGAAAGAAGAAAAAGAAGAUACUGUAGAUAAACCGGACGGGACAGACGCAGAAGAAAUAGACUGGGUCGGCUUCUCCCGUAUGUUGCGUGAUAUUCGACGCGGGUUUCAUCGAUAUCCUGAAACGGGGUACCAGGAAGUACGCACACAAGCAUUUAUCAAACGGUUCUGUGAGCAAGCUUUACAUAUUCCGGGUAAAAACAUUCGAGAGAUGGCGUCUACAGGGCUUGUAGUCGAUGUUUGCUAUGAGAACGCUACCAUUUCGAUAUCAGACAAGCGCAAACUGCCCGUAAUUGCCUUUCGUGCAGAUAUAGAUGCUCUUCCGAUCGAAGAGCUGAAUGAUCACUUGCCAUACUGUUCGACUCAGAAAAAGGGAUGCAAAGAGCUUCGUAAACGCAAAAAGCGAAAGAGCGCCGCGCAUCAGCCUUCCUCGCCAAUAAAACAAGAAGAGGGAGAUGAACCAUCUCACCAAGCUCUGUCCGACAGCAAUGGUACUACUACUACAGUAACUAGAACUUGUACUGUGAGUCAUGAUGUUGCCAUGGACGCUCCAAUGACCAAUCAGCUGCCUGCUCCAUCAACUAUUACAACCACCACGAUCGGUGCUCCUCCUCCACCAAGCGCUGGUGGAGACGAUGAUGAUGAGUUUCAAGUUUCCACGGCUGCGGCGCAUAUGUGCGGCCAUGAUGGCCACAUGGCGAUGGUGUUGGGGCUCUGCGCAUUGGUGGUGCGCAGCGCACACUUGCUUCCGCAGGAAACCUUCGUGCGCUUCGUGUUUCAGCCUGCUGAAGAAGGUCCCGGCGGAGCCAUGAAGAUGAUUGAGGAUGGCGCACUUACGGACGUGAACGAGAUUUACGGGCUUCAUAACGCACCUUUCCCGCUUUACAGUGUCCACGUCCGUCCUGGAGCUGUCAUGGCACACGAGGUAGAGUUUUCCAUCGACAUUCAUGGCAUUGGAGGACACGGUUCUGCGCCACAGCAAUGUGUGGAUCCAAUUCUUGUGGGUUCCGCUGUAGUGCAGACCCUUCAGUCUGUUGUGAGCCGGUCAUUGUCUCCUAUGGAUACUGCUGUCGUAUCCGUGACUCAAUUCCACGGUGGCGAUACGAACAACGUGAUUUCAUCAAAGGUAUCUCUUGCCGGAACCAUUCGGGACUUUGAUCUGGAACUAGCUAAAACUAUUCAGGACCGCGUUGCCACGCUGGUGCAUUCGACGUGUGCAGCGUACGGCGCCACCGCCAACGUGCACUUCCUGGAUGGGUACGCUCCUGUAAUUAACCCACACGUUGAGACACGUCAAGUACAGCAAGUGGCCAUGGAUAUGGGGUUGUACGUGAGCGAAGAGGGUUUGCCACUCAUGGCCGCAGAAGACUUUUCAUACUUUUUACAAGAGCGCAAGGGCUGCUACUUUUUCCUCGGCACGAAAGAAGACGGAGACUCGGAUAAAAUGCGUGCGCUGCAUUCAAAUCAGUACGACUUUAACGACAAGGCCAUCCCGCUUGGAAUCCGGUUGUUUAUGGGUAUUUUGCAGUCUCGUUUUAAGUGUGUGCUGUAUAGUGUUGAAGAGAUGCAGGCUUUUCAAGUAGCUAUGGAGCGUAUCAUGAUGAACGUCACUAUUGUAUAA